GGCACACAGUCACAUGCGCAGACACACACAUACACACAUACACACACGCAUACACAGACAUAUAAACAAAGAAAGACUCAUACACAGACACAUACACAGACACAUACACAGUCACACACACAUAGACACACAUCACACACAGGUUGACACAUAAACGACACACACACACACACACACACACACACACACACACAUACAGCCUCACAGAUACACAUACACACGGAUUUGUAUGCAGAGAGAGAGAGAGAGAGAGAGAGAGAGAGAGAGAGAGAGAGAGAGAGAGAGAGAGAGAGAGAGAGAGAGAGAGUCGUUGACGUCAUUGUGCGUUUCCGCUGGCAGAGAGAAAAGGAGGAAAGAGGAACCAUACUUAUCAUGUCGAUGUCAGUAGCGCAGGUGCAGGCUGCGCUUGCAGAGGUGAUGAAGUAUGCAAAGGAGGGCGUUCACUACGACAAUGACAACGAGUUCUCUUUGCUUGAGGACAGGGUGCCGAGGUGCUUCAUUGUCAAUGUGGAUAUGAGAUCCACGAUGAUGGCAAACGGCGAGGGGUGUGUCAAAGCACAAACACUGUUGCAGCGCUUCAGAGAGUCACCACAUAUACGUGUGGACAGCGACGUGGAAGACCGUGCAUAUAGUCUGAAAGGAGUAGUUCAGUGGAUGUGCAGCGAAGGGAUGUGCGAAGAAGGGGACGUGGACAUGACAAUGCUGCAGAAAGGGGGGAGAUAUACACCUUCGGAUUUCAAGAAGUUGCUGGGCACUUCCGCUAAGAAUUCGGAAAUGGUUGUUGAUGGGUCGAAGGACGAGUUGAAGAACGGUGCAUCGAGAAUUUUGGUGUUCUCCAGAAUGAAGGACAUAACACAAACACCUCCAGAAGACUUUCAAGAUGUUCCUGUCAUAGUCGCAGAUGGUGUCGAAUAUGUUCUACUGGAUCAACUUGUGGACUUCAUGAAAAAUAGUCCCAACGACAGGAACGUCAUCCAUGAGGCAUUGCAUGAAGUCACAGAGUUGACACUGCAGGGUCAAGAGCUAAUUGAAUAUAUGCCGGCAAGAAAGGAAGACAUCAUGAUAUGUGGCAUACCGUUGUGGGAGGGUAUGUUAUAUGCUGCUUUGGAGCAGCUCGGCCAUGCCGGUUGUGAUGUUGAUAGACAAAGAAAAAAAGAAGAAGGGUGGAAGUCGAUGGUCAGGGAAACAAAUCUUGCUAUGAUUUCACACAACGGACAGACAUCAGCGGCACAGGAAACAAUGAACAGUAUGUCAGUCGUUGUACCUCCCAUGCAGACGACAACGACGGAGGAGAUAGAGGAAGAAACUAUGUUCAAUGGCUUCACAAUGGGUGAACAACAGCGUGAUCGUGGAUUCCAAGAUCCCGAGUUACCAAGUUGUAUUGCAGAGUACACAGGAAAUGCAGAAGAAGAAGAUGAAGAAGAGGAUGACGGGGCAUCAUCUUCUGAGGUGGAAGUGAGUGACAAUGAUGUCAGCAGCGACGAGGAAGGAGAGGAACGUGAUGUGUACUAUGAUUUGAAGGGGGCGAGUGGACAAGUGACAAAAGGGUGGGCACAUGCAAUUCUGAGGUUGGCACGUGCUUUUCCUGAUCUGCAAAAAGUGCUGCGUGUUAUGAUGAAGGGGGCAAUACCUGAUGGCGGACUGCACGACAUCGAGAACCGUCCACUAAAAACGCAAGAGAAGAGGUCGCAAAAAGAGAAAACACCGAAGCAAGACCACAGGACGAAGAAGAGAAUCACAUACAAAAAAGACAAAAUAGUGGAGACGAUCGAUCUCAGAGGCUCGGGCGAUUUGCACAACGUGGUCCAAGAGGAAGCAGAAGACGAAGACGAGCAGUCCAAAUCAGAAAAGACGGAUGGAGAGGAAGACGAGGCAAUGAGCGACGAAGGAAGUGACAGUGAAACUUCCGGCGGAGAUUCUCAUGAUGUUGACGACACCGAUGACGACAAAGACAGGAGCAGCGAUGGCACAGCGCAAGAUGAGGACGACGAGGAGGCAGAUGAAGACGGGAGGAUGCGAGCAGAGAUGAAGGACGACAAAACAUGGAGACGGAGCGGCGACGAUUCUUGGGGCGCACCAGCGUUCAACACGACACUCACAAAGGUUUUCCAGAUGAGGAGGGACGACACGAACCUUGGCGUGAUGCUGCAGCAACUGACUUUUACAGAAAUGGUUCUGCAAUGUGAAAUCGAGAAGACAGCAAAGACCAAUAGAGCGGCCGACCAGAUACAAAAAUUGACAUGUAUAAAGCACGACAUCGCAUCAUCUGUCCACAGCCGCGACACAGUCAUGAGCUUUUCGAUCUUCAAGUUGGACCGCGCUGCAUCUGUUUCUGAGAAGGCCGUUGCCUUAUCUCGAGUUGGCCUGCCCUCUGUCCACAGGAGCGGGCCACAUAACAUAACGAUAACAGAUGACGAUUUAAGCUUGGAGUUCAUUGCACCACCUCGUGAGAGACGCAAAGACGGGGAGAGGGAUAGAGAAAGUCUGUGUCCCAGGCCUUGAACAGUGGGCGGGAGAAGGGAGGGAAACACAUUUGUGUGAACCAGAAGGUUCAUAACGAAAUCUGCCAGCAAGAGUUGCAGGAGAUCACUGUCAUUGCAUGCUUUGGAGAGAGAGAGAGAGAGAGAGAGAGAGAGAGAGAGAGAGAGAGAGAGAGAGAGAGACAAACGGAGAUAAUGAAUGUGCACCACGGCA